AUGAAUUAUGGUAACUUCGAACUUGGUUCCAAAAAUCGAGAAAUUUUGUUGGAGGGAUCUUUAGAAAACAUUUGCAGUGCAACAGUUAUAUAUUUAACAAUAGAAGGAGAUAUUUUGAGCGAAUAUAAUACUAUCAGAGAUUUAACAGACAGUGCGGUAACUUCUGCAUUAUUAAAAAUAAAUGAUUACUCUCGGAAGCUGAAAGUAUUAGAGGUCUUACCACAGAACAAAAAUGAAGCUUCUAUAGUUCAUCGUACUAAUUUAGAAGAAAUAUUUUGCGCGAAGCUUACUUAUAUUUUAUUCUUUGUAGAUGAAAUCUGGAUAUAG